UAAUACCAGAAUCGGAUUUGAUCUCAGUGGGUGUGCCUUCUUAUUCUUUUUGGCGUCCCCUCUCUUGAAGUAGAUCGCGCACAACCUAUUAAGAAGAGGCACGAGCUCCGGGAUUGCCAUGUGGUCACUCGGCUCGCGCUCCCGUCACCACGCACGAGAGCUGAGUGGAAUGGAAACUCUAAAGCUGUUUUGAGAGGAGAGACACUAUAAAACCUCGCAGUUCUCAUCACGCACUACAGACGGACGUUUUAUCCUUGUUUUAGGCCUGUUAAUUUGAAGCAAACACUCUCGCUCAUCUGACUUCGUUUCCUGAUAAAAAGACUUCCAGGAAUGGAGUCGAUACCCAGUCAGCUUUCUACGGGACGAGAUGUUUGCUCUUCCCCCAACUCAAAGCAAGAACUGCAGCCUUACUCCAGCAGCAGCUCGCUGAAGCCAAAUCAAGUGAGUGAGACUGUGCUGUACGGAGUGCCCAUCGUCUCUUUGGUCAUCGACGGUCAGGAGAGGCUGUGUCUGGCGCAGAUUUCCAACACUUUAUUGAAGAACUACAGCUACAACGAAAUCCACAACAGACGCGUGGCGCUUGGAAUUACGUGUGUGCAGUGCACACCGGUGCAGCUGGAGAUCCUGAGGCGCGCGGGGGCAAUGCCCAUCUCCUCGCGCCGCUGCGGCAUGAUCACCAAACGCGAGGCCGAGCGCCUCUGCAAAUCCUUCCUCGGGGCUCACAACCCUCCAAAAUUACCCGAGAAUUUUGCAUUCGAUGUUUCCCACGAGUGCUCCUGGGGCUGCCGAGGUAGCUUCAUACCUGCGAGGUACAACAGCUCCAGGGCGAAAUGCAUCAAGUGCACCUACUGCAAUAUGUAUUUUUCACCCAACAAAUUUAUAUUUCAUUCGCACCGCACACCUGAAUCGAAAUACACCCAGCCGGACGCGGCCAAUUUUAAUUCAUGGAGACGCCAUCUAAAACUCACCGACAAAAGCUUGUCUGAUGACCUUUGUCACGCGUGGGAGGACGUCAAGGCCAUGUUUAACGGCGGGAGCCGGAAACGUGCAAUGCCAGGGAAUGGAUCAGAAAUGUCCUCCCCGCUUAAACCGCAGGCCUCCCGAAACAUCACGCAGACCGCUUCCCCUGAUAUUAUUCCUCACAAAACUUUGCGCUGCGACGACGACCGUGGGAACCUCAGCAUAACCAGCAGCGUGCGUAAUUACCCGCUCAUCCCUGUGCCUAGUAAGAGUUUCGGCAUGCUUCAGAAGAUCCCGCCACCCAUCUUUCCGCAUCCGUAUAGUUUCCCAGCAUUUGGACUGUGUCAAAAAAAGGAUGAUGGAGUUGGUGAGCAGAAUAAGACCAAUGUACCUGGUGUGUUUUGGCCCGGUGCGAAGGACGGUAUCUAUCCAUCGUUCCCCAUGUUUUGGCCUACCGCGGGCAGCCUGCCGCUCUCAUCCUAUCAACCAGCACAACCAAAAUCACACACGGAGCUCCUGGGUGGCCGGCAAACCGAGACAGACAUGUCAGAAAGUGAGCGGGGAGGAAACAAACCUAGAGACAGUCUGUUCGACAACGAGCGCUGCUCUAGUUCGCAGUCCCUCAGGAACGACGAGGACAAAUCUGGGGACGAGGCCAGGUCAAGUGAGGGUCAACCCAGCACCCCCAGAAAGCUGAGCUAUAUAUCUGCGUUCAGACCUGUCGUUAAAGACGCAGAGAGCAUAGCUAAGCUCUACGGGAACAGGGACGCGUACAGCGGAGGUCAUCCUGGACAUUUGUCGCCAGACUUUGUGAGUGAGAGCUCCAGCUACAGAUCAGCCUCUCCGUGUGUGGACAGCGGGGAAGAACCGGAUGUCGACGUGGAGACUCACAGAAUUCCGGAGGACGAGGAGUCUAUACAACUUUCCGUGGAUGACCGACAAAGUCCAGUGAGGGAAAACAGCCCAACUCCGCAGCCGGAUGAUGACCAGAUAGCCACUUUUAGUGACGGGAGCUCCCCUGAACAGAAGCAGAACAAGCAGGUGGCAAAGAAAAGUGAUGCCAUUGCUUACGAAGUGUACUCAUAUGAAAAGGAGGGAACAUCUCUUCAGAGCACACUGCCCUGUUCGGCCUCUAAACCUCCUCUCUGCGCACCGGAAACACACGAUUCAUGCAUCUCAAACAACAGCCCUACUGACGACGAAUGUGAAUCACAAAAAUCCUGUUCGGGUCAUAUUAGUGUUAGCAAAGAGAACCCAAGUGACCCUACAUUGAGAAAUACUGAUAACAGAUUUAAUUUCGAGAAAGACAUCGAGAAUAUGGCGAAAGAGGAGCUCCAAAAGCAGCUCCUGGAGCAAGUGGAGCUAAGAAAAAAACUGGAACGGGAAUUUCAAAGUUUGAAAGAUAAUUUUCAGGAUCAAAUGAAGAGGGAACUGUCUUAUCGAGAGGAGAUGGUCCAGCAGCUGCAGAUUGUACGAGACACAUUGUGCAACGAGUUGGAUCAGGAGAGAAAGUCUCGUUAUGCAAUUCAGCAGAAGCUUAAAGAAGCUCAUGACGCUCUUCACCAUUUCUCCUGCAAAAUGCUCACUCCACGCCACUGCACAGGGACCUGCACAUUCAAGCCACCCCUCUUACCACCUUAACUCAAAACUGUAUCCCAGGAUCCCAGUGACAUCUGUAAACCUCC